GGAGCAAUAAAUAGAGCACUCUAAUUUUAGCUUAUUUCCCUGGUAUGUCACCAACUGAUAUGACUUUGCCAUUGGCAUCUUAUUUCAAUUUAGGUGAUUUUUUGUAAUUCAAAGGGGAUAGAUUAUUGGCUGUUGCCUGCAUUUCCUAUAGAAUUCACUUUAAUGCUUUGCCUUACCUUACCUUCGUUGAUCAUCUGGAUCAGAGGCCACUCGACCUAUGGUCCUGCUGCCUGCUGGUUGUCUGUGACCUCCUCUGAUGGGCCUACUGAGUCGGUUCUUUACUCGGCACCCUCUGGUGGCCAACACGGUCAGCAGCGGGGGUCUACUGGCUGUCGGCGACGGUAUCCAACAGUGGAUAGAGUUCCGCAGAGGCGUGCAUAAAGAGAAGACCUACAACUGGCGGCGCACAGGCCGUAUGCUGGUGGUGGGUCUGGUCGAGGGCCCGCCGCACCACUGGUGGUACACGGGACUGGACCGACUGCUGCCUGGCCGCACGGCGCGCGUGGUCCGUCUGAAGAUCCUGGCCGAUCAGCUAGUGGCUGCGCCGCUGUUCGCCCUCACCUUCUUUGUCGGUAUGGACCUACUGGAGGGGCGGUCUGUCCGUGACGGCCUGCAGGAGUUCAAAAAGAAGUUUCCGGAGGUGUAUCUGUUUGACUGGUGCAUCUGGCCACCAACUCAGUGGCUCAACUUCACCUACGUGCCGGAGCGGUACCGGGUGCUGUACGUGAACGUGGUGACUGUUAUCUGGGACGUGUUCCUCUCCUACAGCAAACACAGGGACCAGUUGGAGCCAGAACGGGGCACUGCCGUGGAGUCUGGCCUCGGUCACCGCCGUCCGGCCCAGCUGAGGGUGUCCGCGCUGCAGUCUGACGACACAGACUCCGAGACUAUGUCCACAGACUCCCAGACUGGUUCGUCAGACUGUGCCAGACUGGUGUCUGAACAGCCGGGUGACAGUGAGAGACUUGCGGGAGACUGGAGUGAGACAGCUGAUAAUGGAGGACAAACCGAAUAUCUGGAUGUGUGUAGCGGAGAUUCUGACAGGACGGAUGACAGAAGUGAUUCGAGACACACCGAUCAGGCGGAGCUACACCGGCGACGAGCCACAAGCUGAUAGUGGGACAACUGUAGUGUAAGGCUCAAAUGUAUGUAGCGCUAGGUAGGUAGGUAGGUAGGCAUAUGAUAUUACUAAAACAGCGUCGUUGCUGAUGAGAAAGAAAAGAUUACAUAGUGAUAUGCUAGAGCGAGAGUGUCAUUUAUGUGGCCAGUGGUAACGAAGCUGCAAUGGACCACCCAAAGUUCGAGUGAUAUUUGAUCGGUUACAGUCGCAUUCCCAAGAGGUUACUGGUCCAGUUCACAGGGAUAUUGCUAACCUCUCGUUUUCCGUCCGUUGCUUGGCCAGUGUCUAUGACGCUUCGCGUUUUUACCACCGUGGGAUUACUGAGAGCUUUAUGCGGUUCGCGGCUUUGUCAUCAAGGUGGAGCAAUAUUGCUAUGUCACGCCAUUGUACCGGCUAUAUUACGCAUGGGAUAUGCACAUUUCUAUCGGAUGGUCUCAUUCUGACGUAAUAAUUCCGUUUUUAUUAGCGUGGACCUUUGUUGAAGAGUGUCACGUUACUGGCACGGUAUCCAUUUCUGGGUGCUCCCAGUGUCUUCCUCCUCUCGUUACAUGACAUAUGUUUUGUCAGACCUAUCUCGCCUACCUAGCAAUGUCGUGCCUGCGUCCGCCGUCCAUGGCAUCGCUCGCUGGUGUUUCAUUACGGACACUAUAUCUGGUCGAUAAAUUUGGUCCACUUUCGUGUUGCGAUGACGAAUGACUUCCACCGCCACUCAGUUCGCUCUCGACAUGUUGUGCUGGUGUCCGGUAGCUUGCAUACUUCAAUAGCGGUGUCGUUGCUGUGUGACUGGGCAGAUACGACCAAUUGCGAUUGUGUUGCUGAAAUACGCUGGUUACGGGAUACGCUAGCGAGAGACGAGAACGGUCCCAGUUAGAAACAACGAGCCAGGUUGCUUGGUGUCCGUUGUGCUCUGAACGAAAAUCAGUUUAUCACUGUGAUACGUUUACUACAGCGACCUGUGUGACUGGUUGUGCAAUAUUACGAUAUUAUGGUGGACA